CUAGCCUUCCUGGUCACGUGCCGCGCGACUCCGCGCUCCCUGCGUACAGCCUUCCUAGCUCCGGCGUUAUGGCUGCCACCGUUCUCUGCGCCGCUUCUCUCUCCCCACUGUUUCCCUUUUUCUUUUUCCUCCUGCUCCUCUGCACUCCGCAGGGCAGUAGCGGCCUGCACACCAAGGGUUCCCUUCCCCUGGAUACAGUCACUUUCUACAAGGUCAUUCCCAAGAGCAAGUUCGUCUUGGUGAAGUUCGACACCCAGUACCCCUACGGCGAGAAGCAGGAUGAGUUCAAGCGUCUGGCUGAAAACUCGGCCUCCAGCGAGGAUCUCUUGGUGGCAGAGGUGGGGAUCUCAGACUAUGGUGACAAGCUGAACAUGGAGCUAAGUGAGAAGUACAAGUUGGACAAAGACAACUACCCAGUCUUCUACCUCUUCCGGGAUGGGGACUUUGAGAACCCAGUCCCAUAUAGCGGGCCAGUUAAGGUCGGAGCCAUCCAGCGCUGGCUCAAGGGGCAAGGAGUCUACCUAGGUAUGCCUGGCUGCCUGCCUGCCUAUGAUGCCCUUGCUGGCGAGUUCAUCAGGGCCUCUGGCGUGGAGGCCCGCCGGGCCCUCUUGAAGAGGGGACAAGACAGCCUUGCUGGCGUGAAGGAGACUGAGAAGAAGUGGGCCGAGCAGUACCUGAAGAUCAUGGGGAAGGUCUUAGACCAAGGUGAGGACUUCCCAGCAUCGGAGAUGACCCGGAUCACCAAGCUGAUUGAGAAGAACAAGAUGAGCGACGGGAAGAAGGAGGAGCUCCAAAAGAGCUUAAACAUCUUGACUGCCUUCCAGAAGAAGGGGGAGAAGGAGGAGCUGUAGAAAGGCACUCCGGGGUUUCCCAGAGUUUGGCGGGGGUGGGGAGGGAGAGUUAUCUGCUGGCUGUGAGACCCUCCUGGGGUGUGAGGGGUGUAAGAGGAAUAUAAGAAAUCUGAGCAUGCCCAGACUUUGAUGCUGACAUGACUGUGCGUGGGAUGUCUCUAUAGCCAGCCCUGGUACAGCUAGAACACUCAGGCAGAUGGCUUGUGAAUUUCCCCUUCAGAAGGAAUUGGUGCUAUAAAGAAUGUACUGCCCACAUCCUUGACAGGUAUAAUUCUGAUCCAAUUAAAGUUUCCAUGUUUUGGUUAAGUA